AUCGAGAGGAGGGGGCUGGAAGACUGAGACGCCUCCAGCCUGAAGGGGCCGGCGGUUUGGCCACAGCAGCCCCGGACUAGCUAGCUUGUACCUUCCUGGCUAAGUGAAUGGGAUGGAGCCGGGACCGUCUGGCGCUGUGCCCUUGGGGGCCUUUCCCCCACCCCUGCAGCAAGUGUUUCAUGCCCCCCGGCGACCGGGCAUGGGCACCGUGGGCAAGCCCAUUAAGCUGCUGGCCAACUACUUUGAAGUGGAAAUCCCAAAGAUGGACGUCUAUCACUAUGAGGUGGACAUUAAGCCUGACAAGUGCCCACGGCGAGUCAACAGAGAGGUGGUGGAGUACAUGGUUCAACAUUUCAAGCCCCAGCUCUUUGGUGACAGGAAGCCUGUGUAUGAUGGCAAGAAGAAUAUUUACACCGUCUUAGCACUUCCUAUUGGGAGUGAAAAGGUGGAUUUUGAGGUAACUAUCCCUGGUGAGGGGAAAGAUCGAAUCUUUAAGGUUUCCAUCCGCUGGUUGGCCAAAGUGUCAUGGAGGCUGCUACAGGAAACUCUCGUCAGUGGUCGACUGCAAGUCCCCCUUGACUCAGUUCAAGCCUUGGAUGUGGCUAUGCGCCACUUGGCCUCUAUGAGGUACACUCCAGUGGGUCGGUCCUUCUUCUCCCCACCUGAAGGAUACUACCACCCACUUGGUGGGGGGAGGGAGGUCUGGUUUGGCUUCCAUCAGUCUGUGCGUCCCGCCAUGUGGAAGAUGAUGCUUAACAUUGAUGUGUCUGCCACGGCCUUCUACAAAGCUCAGCCUGUAAUUGAGUUCAUGUGUGAGGUUUUGGACAUUCGCAACAUCGAUGAGCAGCCCAAGACUCUCACAGACUCACAGAGGGUUCGCUUCACAAAGGAAAUUAAAGGCCUGAAGGUCGAGGUGACACACUGUGGGCAAAUGAAGAGAAAAUAUCGUGUAUGCAAUGUCACCAGACGUCCUGCCAGCCAUCAAACGUUUCCCCUUCAGCUUGAAAGUGGGCAGACGGUAGAAUGUACAGUGGCCCAGUACUUCAAGCAGAAGUACAACUUGCAGCUUAAAUACCCACACCUACCUUGUUUACAAGUUGGGCAGGAGCAAAAACACACCUACCUGCCCCUGGAGGUGUGCAACAUUGUAGCGGGUCAGCGGUGCAUUAAAAAGCUGACAGAUAAUCAGACCUCCACUAUGAUUAAAGCCACAGCUCGCUCUGCGCCCGACAGGCAGGAGGAGAUCAGUAGGCUGAUGAAGAACGCUAACUUCAACCUAGACCCAUACAUCCAGGAGUUUGGGAUCAAGGUAAAGGACGACAUGGCUGAAGUGACAGGCAGGGUGCUGCCAGCUCCCAUUCUACAGUAUGGCGGACGGAACCGGGCUAUUGCGACUCCCAACCAGGGAGUUUGGGACAUGAGGGGGAAGCAGUUUUACAACGGCAUUGAGAUCAAAGUCUGGGCGAUCGCCUGCUUUGCCCCACAGAAGCAGUGCAGAGAGGAGGUGCUCAAGAAUUUCACAGACCAGCUGCGCAAGAUUUCAAAGGAUGCUGGAAUGCCGAUUCAGGGCCAGCCAUGUUUCUGUAAGUAUGCCCAGGGAGCUGACAGCGUGGAACCCAUGUUCAGACACCUGAAAAACACCUAUUCUGGACUUCAGCUCAUCAUUGUCAUCCUCCCUGGGAAAACUCCUGUUUAUGCGGAGGUGAAGCGUGUGGGAGACACUCUGCUCGGCAUGGCCACGCAGUGUGUCCAGGUGAAAAAUGUUGUAAAAACUUCACCUCAAACUCUCUCCAACCUCUGCCUAAAGAUCAAUGUGAAGCUGGGAGGAAUAAACAACAUCCUGGUUCCUCACCAAAGGUCUGCCGUGUUUCAGCAGCCGGUUAUCUUCCUGGGAGCAGAUGUCACACAUCCACCAGCUGGAGAUGGCAAGAAGCCGUCUAUUACUGCUGUGGUAGGCAGUAUGGAUGCCCAUCCCAGCAGAUACUGUGCCACAGUGCGUGUUCAGAGACCCCGGCAGGAAAUCAUUGAAGAUUUGUCUUACAUGGUGCGGGAGCUGCUCAUCCAGUUCUACAAGUCGACGCGCUUCAAGCCCACCAGGAUCAUUUUCUACAGAGACGGCGUUCCAGAGGGACAGCUGCCACAGAUUCUUCACUAUGAGCUCCUGGCCAUCAGAGAUGCGUGCAUAAAGCUGGAGAAGGAUUACCAGCCUGGUAUCACCUACAUUGUGGUCCAGAAACGCCACCACACUCGCCUCUUCUGUGCUGACAAAUCUGAAAGAAUUGGGAAGAGUGGCAAUAUACCUGCAGGGACUACAGUGGACACCAGCAUCACUCAUCCUUUUGAGUUUGAUUUCUACCUUUGCAGCCAUGCAGGCAUACAGGGCACCAGCCGGCCGUCUCAUUACUACGUCUUAUGGGACGACAAUCGUUUCACGGCAGAUGAGUUGCAGAUUCUAACCUACCAGUUGUGCCACACGUACGUUCGUUGUACCCGUUCAGUCUCCAUCCCUGCGCCGGCCUACUAUGCCCGGCUUGUGGCCUUCCGUGCCCGCUAUCAUCUGGUGGACAAAGAACAUGACAGUGGAGAGGGCAGCCAUGUAUCGGGUCAAAGUAAUGGCCGGGACCCCCAGGCGCUGGCUAAAGCUGUUCAGAUUCACCACGACACUCUGAGGACCAUGUACUUCGCCUGAGUUUCACCAGCCAUUGUCACCAUUGUUCCCUUCCACCUCAUUUUUACCUGAGUGGGCAGAAAGCCCACACCCGCCUCAUCCCCAUCCCUUGCUCCUGACAACUACCCAGUGCACACACUUCCACAGACCUGCCAGCCAGUCUUCUUCAAUCUAAAAAACACAACGUCCUCCUGUAAUUAUGGGCUGAGCCUGCAGUCUCAUGCACUCGAUAUUUUUUGAAUAUAAUUUUGUUAUUUUUACGUCAUCAGGACAGUUGAUUUUUUUAUGUUGCUUUUUUUUUUUUAAGUGAAUAUUAUUAUGUAAUUGUAUUGUACGCUACCUUUACACUCCUAUCAAUGUAAGUAUGCAAUAGAGAUGGGAGGAAAAAUAGAUUUUAGAAAGGGCGAAAAAACAAUGGUUAAACUUUUUUUUUUUUUUACUACCGCCACAAUGCUGCCUCUACCCAUCCGAAAGACGGAUGCCAGUGUUCCAAGCCCCUGAGAGUGGGGAUCCUCCAGGUGGGCAGUACUGAGCAUGCACACACACACACACAUAUUAUUUUUAACUACUUCAUGACUUGCAUUCAUGUUUUAGAUUUUUUUUUUCUUAAAUGAUGUUAUGCUUAUUGUUUAAAAAAAACAGCCUUGAAGAGUCUGAGGUAUGGUACAUUAGCACUUAGUGUUAGCAUGUAGGUGCCACCAGUCCUGCACAUAAAGAGUUUCGUAGUUAUGCGAGGCUAGCCCUCUGGUCUUUGUAUUAGCACUGACAGAAGGAGCGGGUGUAGCGACUGUAGAUGCAGGAGAGAGAUGCUGUUGCACUCUCAGUCCUGAUUGGCUAGUCCCUAGAGAUUUAGCCUAUAGACGCAAGCGUAGUGUAACACUAGAGGGACCAUUUGCAUAGAGUGUAUCAAAUAUACUUGCACCUAAACCAGCAUUAUUAACCAGCCAAAAGUGAUGCCAACCAAUGAAAAAGGGGCACUUAAACAGGAAGAUAAUCUUUUAUUUCUGUAUUCAAUGGUCUUUAAGGAUUUAUGAGGCACUUUUGUUUACUUACUGAUUUUAUUUUACAAAAUGAACUUAGAAACUUGACAAACUGUUUUAAACUUUUACUCCAACACUUGCAUUGUUUUCAAAACAAAGGCAACAUGCAAGGUCAACUAUCUUGCACGUUGAACUAUCCUGGACAUUUGAAAGCAGGCAAACAGUCUGUGAUCACUCAAGUGCUGCAAAGCUGAACACACAUUCAGCCAGGGGCCUUGCUCUGAUCAUUCUGCACAUCAUCAUUCCUACUCGUAUUGGUGGCAGUGAAGCCACAGAAUGCAUUCUAACAUCACAACAUUCUUGUUAUACCUGUACACACCUAUCUUCCAUCUGUCCUGCUCUUCCCACUGCAGGCAUUUACAUAUCAUUGCCUGGAAAACAAAAGCACACGUAUCUGAGCUCUUGGUUUCUUGGUUUCACUCCUUCCUUGCCAAUUGCUUUCCACUUUUGGCAUUAUGGACAUUCAGCAUCCUCUGCCCCAAUCCCCUAGUCUGUGUUUGCCAAAUUUCAAUUGGUGCUCUGUGUGCAUGGGCGGCACAGAUGGGGAAUUGCUCAUUGGACAGGGUGGGCCUCUGUUACUACUACUUAAUAUGCCCUGCCUUUUACAUCGUGUAGUUCUCUGGAUUUAUAGGGGAAAAAUGCAUGUAAUUAUUUUUUUUAUUGACUGGAUAUUCUGAGCCACCUUACUUUGGUUUUCUUAGAGGUAGGAGCCUUGUGCUCGCCACUGCCUGUUAAUUGUUUUGCCUCGAUUGUGUAAUGGUUAUAAAGACUGCUAUUUUUUUGUCAUUAUGAAUAUUGUGACUAUUGUCAGUGUUUCCUCAAGAGGGCACUGUGGAGACUGUCUCAAAAUUCCACCUCAGCUGCCCUUAAAACACCUCAAAUCUUGUCUGAUGGCCAGAGCCCCCUUAACGUUGAAAGGGAUUGUGAGAAAAGAGGUCAGACGAGUUUGAUUUUAAAAUUGUAUUUAUGAACUUGCGUAAUCAGAAUGCCUUUGUACGCCGUUUUACUGAUCCUUCAUUGUGUCCAAGGUGACUUGUAUAUAUAAAUAUAUAAUAUUUACAUGUUAUAUUUUGGCCCAACACGCGCGGGGCCUUUUCACUCUUGCGGCCAGUGUUUUACUGCUUGUUCUGUACUCGACAAAUACCAGUCUGGGGAUAUUUCCUGGGCACCACUAAAACCAGAUGCAGUUCUUCACUUGCCGAAGCCACAAAAGCACCUUGCAAAGGGGAGACACAAAAAUUUGCAGUCACCCUAGAAAUGUAUCGUGGACACAGGAGAGUCUCCACACAGCCUCACGGUCUGUCAAAGCAAUAUUGAAGCCACUGAUCAAGAACAGUCCUUCUCAUAGCACUUCCCAAUAGAUAUGAAUGAAAUGACAUGGAAGCAUGUUAUUGUGGCUCUGUGUGUGAUAGUAUUGGAACUCUGUUGGGGAGGGUUAUUUUUUAAUAAAAAUAAAAUUUGUUUUUUUAAAUUU